CUGUUACUUGAUAUGCAAGAAAUCGACUAAUUUAUUCAUGCGUAAAAUUUAGUUUAUGUUAAAAUUGCAAAGCUUAAAAUGUGUUAGUUAUUCAAAUUCGAUUGGAAAUCGAAUUGGAAAAUGUUUAGCGAUUGAUUAUUAACUAAAAUUGCUAAUUUCAGAUUAUCAUCAAUAAUUCUAGGCUUUGUCUAUUCUCGAAUGAUUAAACCAAGCAUGAAAAAUUGAUAUAUACAAAAUAUAAAAUGCAAGUGAAUUUUAUGUUUAUAAAAUUAUUUUGAUAUCAAUCUUGUCACAACAUGAUUUAUAUAUUUCUUGAAACGUCAAUGUAUGCCUUGUAAUUGAUCGGAAAUGCAUCGUAGUUUUAUAACCUUGAAUAACAAAAGAUCGGAAGAAUUUGAUACAUAUACAUAUAGUAAUUAAUAUUUCAAGAAAAAUGGGGAAACAUAGAAAAAUAGCGAAAGCUUAUCAUAAACGUGCUGUUGUAUCUUGCGUAGGAGCUCUAAUGGAGAAAAAUACUAAAUCUCGUCUUGGUAGAAUGGUAUGCAACCUGUGCGAUCAUUAUAUUAUGGGGAACCCAUUAUACGUCAUCAUGCUGGGUAUUAUUGGGACUGUGAUAACAACAUUUGAUGUCAUACGUACAAUGAAUUGCAAAGUAUCAAUCCAAUGUUCAUCGGGUUCUAAAAAAGAAGAUUUGAAUGAGUUAAGGACAUCCUCGGAGGUAGAAAGAGAUUUGAAACUAAUGACUUCCAUCCUCGGAAUAGAGCAUUAUACAUUAAUAAUGUUAGGUGCCAUUACAGAGUACCCGAUGCUAUACAUCCCGUGGCUGCUGAUGCAAUUAUGUGUUAUCAUCGUUGAGAUUAUAGUAUUUUUUGUUAGACUCUUUUUAGACGGUUUACAUGUAAAACGCGACGAGAUAUUACCAGCAAUAUUAAUGGUACACAACUGGUUGCAAGUAUUUUGCCUGUUCCAUCGACAAGCACGGAAUUCUAUCCAAUAAAAACAAACGAGAUAAUAUUUCUCAAAAAAAGAAAAACAAAAAUCAAACUUUUUGUUCAAAAAGAAAAAAAGUUCAUUUACUUAACUUUUGCACGUAUUACGUUUGUUUGUUAUUUUAAAUAUUAAAAAUGAUUUUGUAAACGGAAUAUUGAUGGACAACGCAAACUCAUCCUGUUCAAGAAUAAAACAUA